AAUUUCUGGCAUUUAUUGUAUGUAAAUUAUACCUCAGUACAGUAGUUCUUUGGUUUCUUUGCUGUUUUUUGUUUGUUUAAUGUGAACACUGUUGCGGAACAUGAAGGGAACACAAGCAGGCGACUCUGAUCCGGAACGUUCCAAAAUCAGGAUUUAGAAGUGGCUAGCUAGCAGGCCUCCUCCCUACCAGUUUAGAAUCGGGUUUAGGAAGACCUCGUGCCGCCAGGGGGCAGUGUCACAGCCCCCAGGCCGCACGUCCCUCCAGCUGUAGGCGGGGAUUCGAGGGACCUGGGAAACGACAGGCUCGGGAGUGGUGCAUAGAUCUGCAGAGGGGGGCUGUGACGCGUCCCUGCGUGGUGGGCACCGCGUCGCGUGGCUCCGCUUUUCGCACCGCCCUACUCGCCUAGAGCAUCGGUGCUAGUCGCCCCAGAAGCCCCCCGCCCUGCCAUGCAGGCGGUGCCAGGACUCCUGCGACCCUUGGCUGUCUCUCUCCAGCCGGCUGUUGGGCAAAUAGCCCGUCUCCGCCUGUAGCACGCACAAAGGAACAGACCAGACCGUUGUCAGCAUGAAAGGCGCUGCCCCUGACAGCUGCCUGGAGUGUCAGCAUCCCGGGAGAACCGAACCAGCUGCCGAAAGACCACAUCCAAAGUCCCAUUGUGCAAGAAAGCAAGGCGUGGCUGCCCUUAGGCGAUUGCCGCCCCUGACUCAGGAACCUCCAUCGCUGUCACUUUGGUUUUGUUUGAGUGGGAUUUGCUUUUGUUAGAGGCUAAAGAAGAGCACACAUGCUAGGCUAGCUCUGUGCCAUGGAGCACACCCCCGGCCCAGAGUGAAUGUUUCGAACGACAAAAGGUGGUGUGGUGGCGCACUCCUGUUAGCCAGCUUUCGGGAGGGUGAGCAGGAGAAAGACGAGUUCGAGGCCACCAGCCCCGGUUCAAAACAAGCAAACAAAACGAAAAGCGAGAAACGCUUUGGCAUAACUGUGCUAGUACUAAAAAAGGAAGCUUAUGGCGCAUAGAUUUACAAGGAGGGAAUCACAGAAUGCAUUUACAGAAAGGCAAAGUAGAAUUAGUCACUGCCCGGUGCGGGUCCCUCUGGAGUCCCCACCGCGACCACUGCAGACUGCGGGACUGGGGGCGGGGGCACGCACGAAAGUCCCCAUCCUUCUUCUCUCCGCGUAGCUAGUUCUGCCUGAUCCCUUGGCCUAAUUCCCUGGUUGAAGUCCAGAGUCGGCCGUGGAGAGGGAACGCCAUCGCCCCACCCCGCCCUGCAGCCCUCUGUCCCGCAGGCGCAGGGCGUUAGGGCCGCGGGUGCAGGCUUUCGCUCCAGGCGACCAGGGUUGCCAGCGCGGCAGGUGCAGCACCGCUCGGCAGAUGUAGAUCUUUGGACUGGCACCCGUGAGAACUGUGACAGACUUUCCAGUCCUGUGCCUGACAACUCGAUAUGAUGGUGGCAGCCCAGGUGAUUUGGGGUAGCUUCAGCCUGCUUCGUGUCUUAUGGUGUCUCCUUCCCCAGACUGGCUACAUACACCCAGAUGAAUUCUUCCAGUCACCUGAGGUCAUGGCAGAGGACAUCCUGGGUGUGCAGGCUACACGGCCCUGGGAAUUUUACCCCAGCAGCUCCUGCCGCACUGUGGUCUUCCCACUGCUGACCUCUGGCUCUACCUUCUGGUUACUCAGGCUCUGGGAAGAGCUGGGGCUCUGGCCUGGUCUGGUGAGUGGCUACAUGCUGCUGGUGGGGCCCCGAUUCCUUCUCACCGCCCUCUCCUUUGCCCUGGACUGGGCUGUGUACGAUCUGGCCCCGUUGUGGGGGGCAGAUCGUUGGAAUGCCUUGUGCCUGCUGUCUGGUUCCUAUGUCACCCUGGUUUUCUACACAAGAACCUUCUCCAACACCAUCGAGGGACUGCUCUUCACCUGGCUGCUGGUGCUGGUGUCCCCUGGUGUGGUAAGGAGUCCUACAUCAAAGAAGCCUACCCCAGGUCCACGGUGGCACAGAUAUCUUCUUGGUGUUAUCUUGGCUGCUGGCUUCUUCAACCGGCCAACCUUUCUAGCCUUUGCUCUGGCCCCCCUCUCUCUCUGGGGCAUCCAUAGAGCUUCAGAACUUGGUGGCAUCAGGGCCCUGAUCCAGGAGGCCCUGGUGCUGUUGCCAGGGGCUGCUCUUGCUGCAGUGCUGUGUGUAGCCACGGACAGCUGGUACUUCUCCAGCCUCUCGAGAUCCACAGGCGUCUUUCUCACACCUGCCAACUUCUUGUACUACAACCUGGACCCCCAAAACCUUGCCAGGCACGGCACACACGCACGGCUCACUCACUUGGCAGUCAAUGGCUUCCUGCUCUUUGGGGUGUUGCAUGCUCAAGCUCUGCAGGCUGCAUGGCAACAACUCCACGCCUGCCUCCGUGCAUCCCCACAAACGGGUCUCUCCAGGGUGCGGGGUGCCCGGGGUCUGUUGUCUAGCUCCAAGUCUUAUCUCCUCCUCUUCUACUUUACACCCCUGCUCCUGCUUUCUGCCUUCAGCCAUCAAGAGGCUAGAUUUCUGAUUCCCCUCCUAGUCCCUCUAGUCCUGCUGUGCAGUCCACAAACCCAACCUAUACCCUGGAAAGGCACCCUGGUCCUCUUCAACAUCCUGGGCGCUCUCAUCUUUGGUUGCCUGCAUCAGGGAGGUCUGGUACCGGGCCUGAAGUACCUGGAGCAGAUAGUCCACACGCCUGACCUCUCAGGCACGACCACCCACUACACACUUCUCUUCACACACACCUACAUGCCUCCCCAGCACCUCUUACACCUCUCAGGCCUGGGAUCACCCGUGGAGGUGGUAGACAUGGGUGGGGCUGAGGACAGGGUCCUGUGUCAAGCCCUGAACAACUUCAGCAGACAACCUGCCUGCCAACUGGCUGGUGAGCCAUGGCCCUGUCGGCUCUUUGUGGUAACUCCUGGGACCAACAGGCACGCUCUGGAGAAGUGCCGUUUUCCCCUCAAGAAUGAGACUCUCUUGUUUCCCCACUUGACCCUGGAGGACCCUCCAGCCCUGUCCUCUCUGCUCAGUGGGGCUUGGAGGAAGCACCUUAGUCUCCAUGUCAUAGAACUGGAGACGCCUGUUGUGACAAAGCAGCCCAAGGCUCAGCCAUAGAAGCCAUUCCACCUUCUACACAGGCUGCUGGGCUGGGACAUUGGAACAGGAGCCCCGCUGCUCUCUCUUCUGGGCACAGCCUAAGGUUGUUUUAGGCGAGCCCACAUUCCUCUGCCUUAGACAACCAAAGAUCUGACCAGUCAUGGUCUCAAUAGCAUGGGCACCUGUCUGCUUCUAUGCCAUUAUUUCCAAUCAUUGUCAUGUUUAAAAUAUAUAGUAGCACCUGGUUAUGAAAGACAA